AGUUAGUUGUUCAACGUAUUACAAGUCUGGUUAGCGGCAUGAUAAGCAUCCCCAAUAAACAAGCUUCAGUCUCAUUGGGUCUACACCUUGAGUCAAGGUCAAACUCACCGAGACAGACGCCCAAGCGCGUUCACUUGACGCGAAGCGAAAUAGGUUAGGCCAUCACUUACGGAUACUCUUUCUACCCUUGAAGAUCUGGGCAUCAAUAAUCUCCCUGCAUCUCCAUUGAAACAUCGUCAUCUCGCGAAACAACAUCACAAUGUCGACGUCUACGUACACCAUCCCUGAUCGCAUCGUGCCAAUGCGCGUCAUCGUCUGUGGCGUCCAUCGCACAGGAACGUUGAGUAUUCGUAACGCUCUGUGGCAGCUUGGUUUCCACGAUUGUUACCACAUGCAAACUCUCUUCAACAAUCCCACCCGGGCCCCUGAAUGGGUACGUGCUAUGGAAGCAAAGUACGCCGAUAAGGGGACUUUUACCCGCGCAGACUGGGAUCAUUUGCUCGGCGAUUGUCAAGCUGUGUGUGAUGUUCCCGCUGCGUUCUUUGGUCCUGAGUUAGCGGAGCUGUACCCUGAAGCUAAAGUCAUUAUCAUGAACCGAGACCCUGAGAAGUGGUAUGAGAGCAUGCUUAAUAGUAUCUACUUGAUAACCACCCCAAAGGGCUUCUUGGCUAAACUAAGUAUGAUUUAUUGUUUUUUGCUUGAUACAAAUCUUCAGUAUAUGGCAAAGUAUAGCAAAUCGAUGAGAUCUCUGGUUCAGAAGUAUGACCACGGAAAUGAUAAGGAGAAGGCAAUUGCAUGGUACAAAGCGCAAUACCAGGAAUUCCAUGACAGAAUUCCAGCGGAUCGGUAUAUCGAGUAUACCAUCACAGAGGGCUGGGGACCGCUGUGUGAGUAUCUUGGUGUUCCUGUACCAGAGGUUCAGGACCCUGUGACAGGCAAGACGGUGGAGGCACCGUUUCCACAUCUCAAUGACGGCGAGACGUUUAGAAGGAAUAGCAAGGUCAUGAAGAAGAAGACCAUGGAGAGGGCGAAUCAGAAUCUACUGGCGGUUGUGGGCAGGUUGGCCUUGACGGGUGUGGUGGGAUAUGCUGGUUAUCUGGUGUGGAAGACUCGACUUGGAGGACGUGUUUAGUCGAGCUUGACUAUGUUGAUUACUUGGUCAAUGAGGAUCGUGUAUUUGUAUUGUAUCAUAGAAACUUUCUUGUCCUGUUAAGGGCAUCCGGGAAUUCAGGCACCAGGCUACUCGCAUGCAAGUUAUGCU